CAAUAGAUUCGGCGGCUGAACAACGCCGAGUAUAAGGAGCGGAACAACUACCUUAUAAUUCCAUGUGAGAGUGAACAAACUGAAUGCUUACACGAAAUUAUUAAAUAUCAAUAAAUUUUAUUUUAAAUUCGAAAUAGUUAUGGAAGAAAGGUUAACUGCGCGUUCCGUUUAAAGAGAUUCGAAAUCCGUUUAUUGAAAAUUUGGUGUUAACCGAGUUCUUCUGCCAGAAGAAAUAACGGUAGUGUACCGCGUAUUUUAGUGUCCUCAAGGAAGCAAGUGAGAAAUAUAUUUGCCAACACAAUGGAUCCAGCAACAUUCCUGAAUAUGGCCAAUCAGGUCAUAAAGUUGAAAAUGUUUCCUUACUUUGACAUUGCAAACAGCCUGCUUGCCGCAUUAGCUGUUAGAGAAGAUCUAGGUUCGAAUGCACAAUCAUUUUCACGUAAACAUCCACUUGCAUGUUGGCUAUCUACGAUGCUUGUAAUCUUCGCUGGAGGCAUGGUCUCCAAUGCCCUGCUUGGUGAACCCAUAUUGGCCCCUCUGAAAAACACACCACAAUUAUUCGUGUGCACAGUUGCAUGGUACUUGGUUUUUUACACACCCUUUGAUAUCGGUUACAAAAUUGGCAAGUUCCUCCCAAUUGAAGUAGUUGCUAGUGGAAUGAAAGAGAUUUACCGUACAAAGAAUAUUUAUGAUGGUGUCUCACUCGCUGCUAAGUUGUACCCAAACGCCUGGAUAAUUAUGAUUGUAAUUGGAACAUUGAAGGGCAACGGUGCUGCAUUCACUAAACUUGUAGAAAGACUGAUUCGAGGAGCCUGGACCCCGACAGCUAUGGAAUUCAUGCAACCUUCACUCUAUACCAAAGCUUCUUUGUUAGCUUCAAUAAUAUUUGUACUGGAUAAGAAGACAGACUGGAUUCCAGCGCCCCUUGCUUUAGUUUACUUCGGUAUUGUUAUAUUCCUGGUAUACUUAAAACUAUCUUCAAUUCUUUUGGGUAUACAUGAUCCUUUCCUACCAUUCGAAAAUCUGUCCUGCGCAAUAUUCUUCGGCGGUAUUUGGGAUAGCUUAGCAAAAAUAUUUGGACGUGGUCAAGCAAAAGGUGAAGUAAAAGGAAGCAAAAAGCGGAACUAAAAAACCGAUACGCAGUGAAAGGCGUUAAAAAUUAGUAUAAAUCUAUAACCUUCAAAUACAAUAAUAACACAACGACCCGGUUUUGAAAAGAUUACAGUUAUGUAAACCAUU